AGCAUAAUGCCUACUGUUAAUUAUAGAAUCUAACUCUCUGGUGAAUGUCCUACGAAGAAAUAGACCAUUAUUUACAAAUUGAACACCACUCCAAGUUCCAAAUGAAUACAACCUUUGAGCACAUGAUCACGAUAAAGUUAGCUUAGGCGUCGUUUGGAUGGAUCAAUUGUAAAACGAGACAAUUUAACCAAUUGUUUUAUUUUACAAAACGAGUCAUUUUAAACGAGUCAAUUCAGAUUACCUGCCCCACCCCAGACAAUUGUAAUUGGCUCAAAAUGAGUCAAUUCAGAAUUCCCCAGGCCAAAUUGCUUCAUCCAAAUUUUCUGCUGUCAAACGGAUCAAUCUAAAAUAAUUGACUCAAAACGAGACAAUUGUGUCAGAUUGAUCCAUUAGAAUUCCUCGUCCAAACGACCCCUUAGUGGUCAAUAAUAGAGCAUUAAGUUUAGUUGGUCUGCCAAAUCAGCCAGCGGACUGGGCUGAUUUAAAUUUUGAGCCUAGGCUUAUGUAAUGUACAAAUUGACAAAUACGCAAAUUGGGCUUUGCUUCCAUUACCCAAAGAUAGGUCCAGCAGAAGAAACACGGAGCUGACACUCGAACUCUUUUGGCUGGCCGGGAGCGCAGAGACGAAGACGAAUUAGCAGCGCGCGGACGAAGGAAGAACUAGCGGCGGCGCCGGCGGCACAGAGAGAGAUGUCAGGCGGAGCAUUUUGGGCGACGAGAGUGUUGGAGAUAGUGAAGAAGCACGACUCGGGAGGACUCGUCUGGAAGAGAAUCAAACUCACCCCCUCUCGUAAGGCCAACGCCAAGAAGCGCCUCCAGCGAGUUUGGCAGGUCCGUUUUCUCCUUCCAAGCUCCGGCUUCGAUUAACCUUUCGCCUAUUAACUCUUACUUCAGAAUCGUAGGAACCCAGUUUUGGGAGUCUUAGCUGAGUAAUCAAUUGGGCUCUUUGCAAUUAGAUGAGGGAUUUCAGAACUGCAAUUCUAGACUUGGAUACUAGGGUAUUCGUUGUAUUUGGUAUGAGUUAGUUUCCCGCAAAUUUCAGCUCGUUGAAGUGUUUUAGUUUCCACCAACUCAAUUGAACUGUGGACUACGGAGAGAACUGUGGUUGUUUGGGGCUGCAGCCUCAAGUUUAAGAUUUAGAGGACUCUUUAAGAAUUUGCUUGGGGAAAUGAUUUGAUUCAUCGAACGAGAAAUAAAGUUGCAGUCUUUCUGCAGCGUUUGUUGUUCUCUUCAAGUAACAAUGGUACUAAUUGCAUUAUGUUUCCUCAAUCUCUCGCUACCUCGAUUGUUUAUGUUCCUCAUUAAGUUCUUACUUUGUCAUUGCUCUUGCAGAAUGAGGCUGUCUUGAGGGCAUGCUCUGAACCACCACCUUCAACGGCAUCCACUAAUGAGGCUGGCGGACCAGCAGAGGGAGAUGGUAACAACACUACCAAAACCUUGGAUGCCUCAAGUUAAUGAGAUCGAACAUGAGAUAAGUAGCUCAAAGCAAGCGAUUUUGAUCGCAGAGCUAUAUUGUUCUAGUGAUAGUUUUAGUUUUCAGUCUGAUGUGGAAGGCUCUUUUGUUAAAGGAAGCAUACCACCAUGGCAACAACAUGAGCAAUUCUAGGAUACUGAUUUUGAAAACAAUCCAUUGGUAAUUCAGCAUAGAGCUAUAGAAUCAAGAAACAUGUUCAGAGAGCCAAUUUGGAUAUAGUUACUGUCAUUUCUUGAUGCAGACUAUGGUGUCGUGUUGCUGGGUGUAAGAUGCUCUUUUCUGAUAGAAAGGAAUCCCAUAUCUUGUUCUUGCAUGAGAACUCCAGGUUUGACUUGUAUGAUGCACUGCAUUUCAGUUCAUCAGGUGUUUAUCUUGUUCUUCUUUUCCUUUUGGAAUAACCAUUGGUUUACUUUAUUCGAGUUAAAACCUUUUUACCAAACACGCUGUGUUUCCAUAGCUUGAAGUGAAAACCUAUAAGUUAGCUGGAAUAAUUCCUUUCCAACUUACUCAUGCACUUGUUUGUGCUAGUGGUUGUCUAUAUUCAGUUUAUUGGAAAGCUAUUUUGUGGGAUCCUAUAGAAGUAGUAGUGUUUGUGAUACUGUGUCAUACAUACCCCAUGUACCAGUUACACUGUCUGAGUAACCAAGUCGACAACAUUUUGUAACGAUUUCAUUAUGGGUUUACCACAGUUUGCAAUUUCGCACACGAUUUUGUUCUUGUACCUUAAAUCUCUUGUCUAUCUGAUUUUAUUUCGGGUGGCUUCUAUUCUGUCUGUUUUCUCAAAACAUUGUACAUAAUAUAAGUGCUGAAAGCAAGUUAUGGGCUUCAUUUUCCCUUUCAUUUCAUCUUUGCUCCAUGCAGCCCAUUUGGCAUCCAUGAACAAACGAUGAAGCCUUGUUAAAGAAUCACCUUUUUUCAAACAAUUUUCUAAGUUUUCCUACCGCUGAGUUGUCUUUUUUCUGUUCUGUUAGUGUUAUCAGUUAUGUGCUGUCUAAAUGUCUGGAAGGGGCAGCCAUUAAUUGAAGCUCCUAUGGUGGGAAUGCUGCUAUAUGGGGAAAGACAGUAACUUUUUGUUGUUGGUUGCUUGUGGAAUGGGAUCUUGACUACAAAUGUCAGAGACAGCUGAGCUAUCGCCUUUGUUGGAGACUGAACUUUGCUGUUCUGCUCAAAUGGGCUGAUGCCUGAUAGAAAGAAUACAACUUCAUUUCUCAUUGCAGUCAUUAACUAAACAGGCAGUAGUUUCCUAGUCUAGGCUUGGCUACUACAUUAUGCAGUGAUAGCUAGAAGGCUGCUACGGUGCUGCCUUGUUUCUUCCCCUCUUCUUUGAUUUUUUGUUUGUUUGGUAGAGUUUUUACUUGUUACCCUUCCUUUUAUGAGUAUGGCAGAACUCCCAGACAGAUUUGCAGGACCUAUCAGAUACCAAACUUGUUGUUCUGUUUGGACAAUCAAAACCGAAUUACUGUGUGAACUAGGUUAUAUUCAUACAAGUUGAGUUGAAUCAAAAUUUGGAAAGCGGGCAGAAUAGUAUCGUUACAUACUGUAAUUUUGUUUUCGAUUAUUUCAGUUGGUGUCUCAAUAUGAUUGUUGCAAAUGGAAUAAAUGAGUUGAAUGGAGAUCGAACUAAAUCAAACUUUGACUUUCCAAUCUUAUAUAGAUUCGGUUGUAUUCUGAGCUGGGUUGUUGUUGAUGUUGUUUCUUGUUUUUGAAUUUGUGGCAAUUCCAUUCUAUUUUGGAUGAGAUGAAACGAGUUACCGUCCAUGAGGGACAAUUCCAUUCGAUAUAUACAGCGGAUACUUACCAAGUGAGUUGCGUAAACACACACUACCGGUUAAAGAGGGCAGGCACCAAACACUAUUAUUUUCUUUCCUCGACAUGAUUGUCCUGAUAAGGCAAAAACACCUACUCCAAACACAAAAGGGCCUACUCCCAUUGUUAGCUAGAAAAUGAGGGCCUUAAUAAAAAGGAAAGGGAAAACCCCACAGAUACAUCACAAUCCAUAGAGCUACAAAAGUAAGAAAAAAUACACUCCCAAUCAAAACUGUACGAUCAUGAGAAGAAAAGUUAAAGAAAAUACAAAAGAGAAUAAGCUUGAUUGUUAAUUACUGGGUUCACUAAAUUUUGGAAAUACUAGCAAAUAACUUAAUAGACAUUCAUUUUUAAUGAAUUUGCUGAAAAAGUUUAAAAUAACUAAACUUUUGAAAUUCUUCUUGCCUGGGCUUUUGGUGUAAUGUUCUAAUUCAAUUCACUAGAUGUGUCUCCGUCAUAUCCUAGCUGGGAGCAAGGAAAGCUUAAGGCAUAGUUGCUUUUUUUUGUUUGUGCAAUUUUGACUAUUUUGUGGUCUGUGUGUUUGUUUAUGUUGCAGGUCUGGCUGCUUAUAGGGCUGUCUUUUUGUGGCACUAACAGCCCUUCAUAGGUAGUUCGAUUAUUGGUCGACUAACUGGAUUAUUUUUGUACUAUGUAUGACUUUUGGCUACAACCUUUAUAAAUGUCUAUGUUAAAAAAAUCGACGUCUCUGCUACCAUUAUUGUGUUCAACCAAAUUGUUAUGUCAUUGUAUCAAAGUCACUGGAACUUGUCCGAAAUGGUCACAUAGAUCUUCUAAUUAGCUAUCACAUAAAAAUAGGACAUGAUAUCUGAGGAAGGAACAAAGUGAACUAGAACUAGGUUAAUUAAUGAAGUAUGUUUUGGAUGGGGUUAGAGUAUAAAUAGUAACGAAACAUGUCAGUUACUCCAAACUGUAAUGACAAAUUUGUUAAAAAUCAAAAUUCAAGUGACCGAUUUGUUUAUUAUUACAGAAUUCAGUUUAGUGACCCUUGUGUAAUCAUUCAUUAUACCUAAUUAUGAUUAGCAACCAUAUAUAAGAGCUAUGAAGGUGACGUGAGGGAUUUUGAUUGGUCUCUUGGUGUUGUGGUGGGGGAGUUUAAAACAAGAAACAGAUUUGAUUUUAAUGAAAAUCUUGAAAUUAAAUGCAAUGAUUCGAAAACCUCUAGCACAAGCAACCUUCCUUGCCCUUGGCAUGGUCGGCACUCUUCUUCUUGCAUCCCGCCAAAGCCCAAAACCUCAAUUUCUCAAUCUCGACCACGUUCUUGUUUUCUUUUUCCUGCAUCUUGAUUGACUUUCUCGCUCCAUGUUUAUUCAAUAAACAUAUGGCAUUUUCUUGCAUAGUAGCAUCAAAGGUGUUAUAAACGCGCUGCUACGGAUCGGGAAAUCGCAGGAAUCGACAAAGCAAGAAUACGAAAGCGAGAAUCGAAAACACGACACACGAUUUACGUGGUUCACUAACACGAUGUGUGUUAGCUACGUCCACGGGCGAGAGAAAGCCAGUUUCACUAUAUCGAGGAGAUUACAGAUUACAGAGGAGUAUGAGAAGUAUUUAUAGUACUUCUCCAUGUGGGUCUAAACCUAAUCCAAUCUGGCAAAGGAAACGGUUACAGACCAGGCCCAGAACCCAAACCCAAAUAACAUUGAGCCCAUACACCGUGGGCCCACUCGCUGACCGGGCAGCGAGACCCCCGAUUACCAGUCGUAGCGGCUGAUAAUCCGAUUCAAGUCAUAUCAACAAAAGGAAUCGUUGGUUCUUCUUUUGAAGGAAAGUGAAAGUGUAACAACUUCCCUUUUCAUCCGAGGAAAAAUUAUAGAUGAAACUUAUAGUGAGAAACGAAUUUUUUAUGUGAGCUACUAGUACAUAUUUCGAGUAAAUUAUAAUCAUUUUAAGAAUAAUUUAGAUAUCUUAUUGUUAGAACUAUUAUGAUAACAUAUUCGUUCGUAAUUAAAUAUCUUUGAUUCGCAUGGAAAACAUACGAGUUUACUAGUUACUCAUGUGUUGGCAUUCGUCACCAUUUGGAGUGACACUACCCCUCUUCAUAAAAACUUAGUAUUGACAAUAGAUGAGAUUUUGUGUUGUAUCUAAAUGGUGGUAGAAUGGUCCAAAUAAACUAAAUUAUUGGUGUUCUCAAUUGAUAUUGAUUUAAGUUGGCAGGGUCACCAACCAAGACUUAAAUGACUUGAAUUAUGUUCAUUUUUUAUACUCAACUGUCUCAACCGAUGCCCUGUCUGUUGGAGACAUCGAGAAAGCAUUGAACAUUUAUUCUUCAGAUGCCCCCUAGCCACCAGAUUGUGGACUUUAGUGGGAUUGAGCAACUUUAUUGAGACCGCCCAGACCUUAACUUUGGUCUACGGUGGCGACAUGUCAUGGUCUCCGAGAUCUCCCAAUUCCACAUUCUCCAAUGCGUCUGUUUACUUUGGAGAAUCUGGAAGUCUAGAAUUAAAGUGACCUUCGAUUUUAUCCAACCCCAUGUUCGUUCCCUAGCCAGACAGUUCUACAACCAGGUCCUCAAAUUCUCCAAUCUUCUUCCUCCUCCUCCGCCCCCCAGCUCUCUAAUCCCAGUUCAUCCUGCCACCACUUGUGUCCCUCCACCAGAAGACUUUUUGAAGAUCAACGUAGACGCAGCUGUUUGUGCCACCAGUUGUUCGUCUGGGCUUGUUAUCCGUGGGUCAGACGGGCAUGUGGUGUUGGUGAUUGGACUGCAGGAUCAAGGAAUAGUCUAUCCUUAUCUGGCAGAGCUUCUAGCUUUUAGAGACGCCAUCUCCAUCGUAGCCUCAAUACCUUGACCCACGUGAUAGUCGAAGGUGAUUCCGAAGUGGUGGUCUACCAAGUCCGACAAGGCGUCUUUGAAGUCUCUUUUGGCGGUCUGGUGUUACGAGAGUGUCUUAAGAUCCUUAGCUCUUUGUCUGUUUGUAUAGAGUUUAAGGCGGUACAUAGAUCCGCCAACAGUGCUGCCCAUAGAGUGGCGCGUAAAGCACUGCUUUUAUCUCGUGUAGAGCUAGAAUCUUUUGAUUUUUUGGGGUGACUUCUUUAGAAUCUGUUAGUGGAUCCUGGGUAGAAUUGUAAGUUUAACUAUUUUCUUCCAUUUAUAUCACUCAGAAAUAAAAAGAAUAGUUAAAUUCCCUGUUAACAAAUCUAUAUAAAAAAAAAUCUCUUUAUAGAUAAGCUUAGGGUUUUACAUCUCAAUAUAUUGAAAUUAAACGAAAUAAAUGGCUUUCUUAUCAUAUGCUAUCGAGUACAACUCAUAGUUUUUUUCAAUGGUGAUGAUUAAUUGUGUUAUAAAGUAUUAAUAUUCUAGUUUCCUUAGUGUCAUAUACCAACCACUAUUUUUAUUGGAGGUUGCCGGCUUGCCGCUAUCUUGUGAAAUUUGAAGGUGUUGGCUUUCUUUUUCAAUUUUGUCAAAUUUUAGGUUUCAAUUGUCUGGCUUGAAAGCUACCCAAUUGGUUAACAGCAUAACUAUAUACUCAAUGACUUAUUCAUAAUUUUUUCCGAACCUUUAUUUGUUUGUUUUUGACAAAGGAUCAAUAGAUUCUCCUUUUUCAAUUUUAGUUCCUUGUAAUCUUCAUCAAUUCAAUUUUGGCAUAUAGAGCAAUAGAUCUUUGUUCAUUCCUUGGAAUAGGAUUUAUACCGAGAAGAAAGAAAGAGAAAAGACUAAUCGGUCAUAUUGAAUUUAAUUAUUUACAUUUGCAACUACACUAAUUAAUAGAUGAUGAAAAUUUGUUUGAUGUGGAAUGCCAUCGUGACCUUAAAUAAAACUGUCUCGUUGGCUAGAGUUAGCUGGUGAGUGGUGAACACACAACAUCUCAUUAAUAACGCGUAUAAUAGUCAGCUUGUCUGUGAUAACUCACAUAUCAUGCAUGAUGUACAUCCAUCCUUAGUUUGCAUCUCAAUGCGACCCGAUUAGCUAAUAAAAGCUUCAUUGAAUCUCAAAUGAUGAGUGCAUAUUAAAAAUCAGAUAAGAUGCGAAGUAAGGAGCCAGACUUAUAAGCAAAUCAUAAACAUGAACGUUUCAACAUAUAUAACAUAUGAAAUAUCCAAAAUGUGCUACUAAAUAUGAACUAGUUCAUUUGUCUUUUAAAUUUUAAGGGAACGAAUAUGAGCAAAUCGUGUAUACAAUUUAUCAUAUAAUAAGUUUCUAAUAAAGAGACAACGGGCAAGUAAACCACUUUCUAGACAAGAGCUCCGCUACUAUGCUCAUAAGUACAUUUGAUUACCAAAAUAUACAUUUUAUGGUACAAAUUGAACUUGUAUCUUUAAUAUUAUGGUAUAAAUUCAACUUGUAUUUAUAUCUUUCGUACAAGUUUCUUUAUGAUACAAACUGAAUAUGUACCUCAAUCUUAUGGUGCAAACCCAAUUUGUACCUAUACCUUUUCGUACAAAUUUCUUUAUGAUAUAUAUUAAACUUGUACCUUCAACAUUAUAGUUUAAAUUCAACUUAAAUCUGAAAGUAUCGGUACUUGUGACCAUGAUAAAAUUUCUCUAGUAAGUGUUUACUCCAAAAUCAUAGUAUGAGAAUCUAUAUGCCAGAACUACCCAGUACAAAUACUAGAAAUAAUCGUUCCAAAAGUACUUUGUAUUCAUCAAUCAAUGAUGAAAACUACUUUAUAGUAUAGUUUUAAGCCCUAACUCACACGAAUAACCUUAUGAUGCUGUG